GGGCGCUGCCGGGGCAGGAUUGAGGCUCGGCCUCCGCCGGGGCACCCAGCGCUGGGCCGUGGAGCUGGGCCCGGGCUUUGGUGACACCCUGGGCGCGGGGCGCGCAGCGUCUCCGGCCAGAGGAGCCCGCGGGGGUCAGCUCCUCCUGGGGCCCUGGAACUUCCCCCGGGCAGAUCUGGACUCGGGCCGUGGUACUGACCCAGGAUGUGGCAGCAUCUGCAGCCACCCAUACGGUACCGCACAUCAUUCCCGACCCCCCAGCCAACGCACGGCUGGCUGGCUAAGGCUGCUGUCUGGAUAGUGCUACUUGUCUCCUGGAGUCUGCAACUGAUUCUGGGGAGUGUUUCCUUCGUUUCAGGACCCGUGUUCUGUGACGUUAAUCUUUCUGCAGCAAACAGAGAAUAGAUCCUCUUUCCCCUCUGAACCCUGCAACUCUGCUGCGGCCCCAUUACCAGGCGCCCCUCCAUCGCAGGCUGCACCUGGGUGCUUUGGCACCGAACCUCAUCAGUGGAGUGUGCUGGAGGCUGCCCUGGCUGGAGAGGAGCGAUACUUUCAGCAGCGACAUGCCCAUGGCACCCUUGAUCUGCAACGAGACUGUGAGCAGAGUGAGCUCCGUGCUCAACCGGGACGCCAAGCAGUUCGGGAAGAAGCACAUGUUCGACGGGAGCGAGGAGACCUGCUGGAACUCGGACCAGGGCUCCUCCCAGUGGGUGAUGCUGGAAUUUCCACAGACUGUCAAGGUUUCCCAGCUCCAGAUUCAGUUCCAGGGUGGAUUUGCGAGCCAGCUGUGUACACUGGAAGGUGGCAGAAAAGGUGAAGAACUUGUGAAGAUAUCAGACUUCUACCCUGAGGACAUCAAUGCCCUGCAGAUAUCCUUCCAUUCUCACUGGGGGCUCGGUCUGCUGAGCGGACGCGCAGGGCACGUGGCCAGGAUUCGUCACCAAAUUUGGUCCACGGCUAGGGCUGGCUUCAGGACAGAAGAAACAAUGCUGGAUAAGCUGAAAAUCACCUUUGAGAACAGCACGGAUUUCUUCGGGAGAAUCGUCGUGUAUCGCCUCAGUGUCCUCGGGGAAAAGCUCUAACCUGGGGCAGAACAGCAGCCCAUCACCCGAGUGGGUUUGUUCCCUGGUGUUUGGUCAGCUGGCACUCUGCCUUCCCACCCUGUCCGAUAGGGCCCAGUGGCAUAUUUGCCUUGGCAGUCAGCACCUCUUACGAGAGAGGGGAGAUGCCAGACUUGUUCUGCAAUCGAAAUGUAGCCACUUGGAAGUAAACUAGGAAACGCUCAGACAGAAAACAGCCGUGGGCAUUAACAGAACAAGGCUGGGAUCCUGGCCCUCUCCCCACCCAGCUGCGGCCUCACAGUGGGAUCUAAAGCCCCUGGAAGCGCACCGUGGCGUUCACGGGCUGUCUGCACGGUGCAUGACAAUCCACACGCUGUAUUCUAGUGGCUUGUCACGCAGUGAAGUUCAUGUUUAAUGGCUGAAUAAAUGCAUCCUGCCUCCCGGACCACGCUGGA